GUGAUAUCAAAACUGCUAUCGUCUACAUCCUCUCCGUCGAAUCAAAUCAUAGCCAAUUGCGCUCUUCUUGCUUGCGUCAUGGUCGGAGUUCAGUUUGACAAGAAGGACAUAGUUCGGAUUGAUAAAAGUUCUGCCCUGCCUCGAUUUGCGAAUGUCCUCUUGGAGCAGUUCGAAAUUACUCUCUGGACACGUUACGAAGGUGCUCUCAGCGACGACACCACAGCCAUCGCAUAUCGGGAAUACGACCUGAUCACAGCCAUUUGUCUUGUGCUCGAGUCUGCCAAACAUUACUAUAAUCGUUCAUUUCACGACAUGCGGAACCUGGACGUGUGCGGGAAGAUUUACUCACGAAUGAGGUCAUCCCGGGCCGAACAAAAUCCUCCCUGGGAGCUGUUUGGUGCCCUGCACGAUGCACUGCGCUUCACGUUCAAUGCUGCCAAAGUAUCUCGGGACCCUGCCGAUUUGUGGAAUGGCCAGUAUUUUUGGACAGGUGAUUCCCAUUCCCCAGAAGACUUCGACUGGCUGGUCGACUACCUGGAGUACAUUUAUUCCGACGACCAGGAAGCGGCAUUUGAUAUCCUCGUCCUUUUGGGCGUCCUGAAAUUCUUCAAAAUCCUCAUUGCCUGUAUGGGCAGUAGCAUGCCUGUCCAUUUACGUCAUGCUGCUCUCCGCCUUGCCCACAGUGCCCGAGAAGAAAUGGUCUCGAUUGAUGCCAUCGAUGAUGCGAUGCUGCGGGACAUGAUCUUGACCGAGUUCUCCCCCGCUAUCCUGACUGCAGUUUGUCCCCAACCAGGUGUAACACACUCCGAUGAUAGCCCUGACCGAUGCGUCCACGAUCAGCGCGACCUGUGCUAUCUCGAAUUACUCUUUGCCCUCGCGAGGAAUUCCAACUGGCACCCCCAUUUGGUUGAGGAUCACCAUAUAGAUCGAUGCAUUAGCAUUGUUCUAAAGGGCUGCUUCGGGCAACGUGCAUUUUACCUAGCUGGCAUCCUCCUUCGGAUCGCACCCAGUGAACAGUCGUCGGUUACAUCCCUCAAUUCUAUUACAGGACAGCAGUGGUGGGACAUGAUGAGAGAUGCAUGGCUCCAUGCCAGCUUUACAACCGACGACAUACACUGUUUCGAGUUCCUUCCCGUCCUUGUGGAAGGCGCGAAGAGGUAUAUGCACAUUGCUGCACAGAACUAUAUUGCUUGGGAAGUCCAUCUCAAGUUCUUCAUUGAACGCGUGGAUCAUGUUGUUGACGCACUAGAAACGCGAGAUUCACAGCAGGGUGACGGAGAGGGUGUCGCCGUUGCUGUGAAAGAGUUGAGGACUGCUGCCAGCGAUAUGCUUGAGGAGUUGGUCAGCAGUCAAAGAGUUGUUAGUCCCUGAUCAUUACAGUAUUUGUGUGUUGUGCUAGCGUCCUGGGACCAGAGGAAGGGAUGGAGCAAUACAACUGCGAGGGGAUAAGUAUCACGACU